UAAGGGUACCAAGUACCAAGGUACUAAAGUACCAUCCUUUCUACUAGGGGGGUACAAAUCAAAAUAUUAGCUACGUACUAGAAUAUAUCUAGGUACCUGAGGUACUCUUCUUGAAUUGCAUUUAGUCUAGAGUAUCAAGGUACUAUUGCCGCCUGCAAGCUAAUCUGGUGUUAAGACCAGUCUCCGGGUCUAGACUUGACCGCUCAAGUUAACUGCUCUCUCCGACCCGUGAUCCUCACCUUCGACCUUGACCCAAGGAGUUAUCUGAGCAUUAUCUCAAAAAUUUCUGUCUCCAAUCCUCAGACAUGCAGAAAUGAGAUAGAUUCUACGCCUGCGUGACACUGUACCCGUGCAUCGCGGUCUGGAUCCGCCUAUCCUUUGUCCUCGAAGGCUCCCAAGCUACCGGUAUUUGAAUCAAUCUGAGGGCUGUCGAGGCAUGCAAAUCAAUGAAUGAUGGCACCUCAAAACGAACAGAGUUCUCUCAAACGUAGCAGGGUCAGCACAGAUAGCGAUUCACAAGAUCUAAAGAAGCCUCGACGCUCCGAGAGAAUUACAUCUAAGAAGCAGUCGCAAGCGACCCCGGUCAGCCAAACGUACUUGCCCACCCCAUUGACUGAACUAGAUUCGACUGCUACGGAUGUUCGGAAUGAAGUCACCGCUACUCCACCGGACAGUCCUAGCCAAGCUCUAUCGACUGUCGAACAAUUCAAGGCGUGUUCAUCUCCUCCUGGUGACACUCAAGCUCUUUCACAAUUUGUUUAUCCACCCAGGGCAUUCGCCGAUGAAGUCGAGGAUGAAGCAGCAGAGGGAGUUUGGGGUUAUCUGAUUCCUCUUGAUGACAAAGUCCGAGAUGCGCUUGUGUUGAGAAAGCGCCAUAGCUGCGAUGCUCGCAAGAAUGGCGACUCAAAGACUCAGCCGAGCAAAGAAUCCCAGCACUCUCAAGAAAAGAGUCCCAUCGGCAGACAAAGACCUAAUCGACCUCCUGGGGGUUAUCUGGUCGGUCGUCAUCCAGAGUGCGACCUGGUUAUCAAUAUUCCCACAAUAUCCAAUCGGCAUUUCUUAAUAUUCAGCGAAAACAAGAACGGCGAUUCUGUCGCAAUUGUGGAAGAUCUGUCCAGCAAUGGCACCUUUGUAAAUGAUGCCAUUAUCGGGCGGAACAAGUAUCGCGAGCUUGAAGAUGGCGAUGAAAUCACCAUCCUGGAUGAAGCGCGAUUCGUUUUUAGAUACCCCCGGACGAGAGACACGAACGGUUUCCGCCAGCAGUAUCGGUUGCUUCAGCAGCUCGGAAAAGGUCAUUUUGCAACUGUUUACUUAUGUGUAGAACGUGCGACUGGCACUCAAUAUGCCGUUAAAGUGUUUGAGAGGCGUCCUGGCGAUUCUCAGAAGUCUCAGACCGAGUCCUUGCAGCAAGAGAUUGGCCUCUUAAUGGGGGUCAAUCACCCGAAUCUUCUGUGCUUGAAGGACACCUUUGACGAAGCCGAUGGCGUUUAUCUCGUCCUCGAGCUUGCACCUGAGGGCGAGCUCUUUAAUCUGAUUGUUAGCAGACAAAAAUUUUCCGAAGAAGAAACCCGCCAUAUCUUCGUUCAGCUCUUUGAGGGUCUGAAAUACCUGCAUGAUCGUGGCAUCGUUCAUCGAGAUAUUAAACCCGAGAAUAUACUUGUAGCAGACAAGAAGCUGACUGUGAAACUUGGUGACUUUGGACUUGCCAAGAUUAUCGGGGAAGAUUCAUUCACCACAACUCUAUGUGGGACACCAAGUUAUGUCGCUCCAGAGAUCUUACAGGAGUCUCGUCGUCGAAGAUACACCAAGGCCGUUGACAUCUGGUCAUUGGGAGUCGUUCUAUACAUAUGCCUUUGCGGAUUUCCCCCUUUCUCAGAUGAGCUUUACACGCGUGAGAACCCCUUCACAUUGGCACAGCAGAUCAAAAUGGGCCGAUUUGAUUAUCCAUCACCGUAUUGGGACUCUGUGGGCGACCCAGCUCUGGACCUGAUAGACAGGAUGCUUACAGUUGAUGUUGAGAAGAGAAUCACGGUGGAUGAAUGUCUGGAACAUCCGUGGCUUACCGGGAAACACAUUAGCGUUUCCGAUAGCACAGAGGGGCUGACGGGUGCACUUGGAAAGCUCGACUUCUCAAAACGCAAAAUCGAGCGCGAGCGGACAUUGCUCAGCAGUAUCAAUGAUGCUCAUUUCAGCGAACACAAUGAAGGACCUGGUGCUCCUGUGAAGGUCUUCCACAAGAAUAAUGCUGGCAAGCGCAUGCACAACCAGCCAGCCCAUACUAUCCAGCAAAAUGAGGCCGCGCCCGAUGAGAAUACCGCUCCCAAUGAUUUUAUCAAUCUUGGAGAGCGCGGUGACCCGGUGUUGUUUGAGGAAGACUCAACAACUCAUUAUAAGUGAUCGGAGGCCAUCUUUAUUCGUAUCUAAAUCGCAGCAUUGUUAACGUUGGGAUGUUGUAAAGGUAUGAUCGUCCAGUUCAGCCCGCCUGACGGUCAAGAGCCCUUUAAACCUCAAGUACGUGAAUAUGAUAUCUAAAGCGCCACACCAAUGGCCAGUAUUAAUAUGCUUAUUCGAGUUGUACCAGUCCUGUAUCCGCCUGUCAGUUGAUGCUACCCCGAACAGAAGGAGAUUGGGCAAUGACUGCUGUCCAGCAUCAUGAGCCCUGCCUACUUUACUAUCUAACUGAUUGAAGUUAGUAGAUUACCUGCGACUGCCAGGCAAUAGCGUUGCAUCCUCGUCUUAUCACA